GCCAAACAGGAUAUGACGUCAGCGCAUGCUCCAAAAUUUGAAGUUCGCUAAACACACGGGCUGGAAGCGUGCCUAGGUUUGAUGUCAGUACUACCCACGCCAGCACUGUGUUGACUCGACCCGUCCACGAAGAGACAAGACCCUGCUGAGCUGUCAAACUACUCCUGAACAGCAGAGGGGGCUAGUGGGGUUUUGUGUUGAGAAGACACUCGGUGCACAGUGUUCAGUAGACACUUGAGGGGUGUUAGUGUCCCACUUUUGGGGUCUGUUUAACAGAGUCCAGCAGAGCCCUGUCCCCUGCGUGUGAAGUGGGAGCGUCGGGGUCGUGAGAGUAGUUUGGGAGUGUGUGUGUGUGUGUGUGGGUUUGAGGAGCCCACUUCCCAGGUCUGUUGGACACUUAAACAGUUACAAGUCCAUUAAGUACUUCAGGUUGUCUGGAGCCCUCUGUGUGUGUGCGUGUGUUGAGUUGGGAGAGUAGUGUGUGUGUGUGUGUGUGUGGAGUGUCUGUGUGGAAGCGGACGCUUACAGGGUUAUCAUUAAAGGGUAAUUGCGUGCUUUACAAAGAGACCGGGGCCUGUCCAUACACCUUAGUGCUGUGUGUGUUGGGUGGUAGUGUGUUUGUGUGUGUGAGGGUUGUAAGAUUAGUUUAGGUGUGUGUGUGUGUGUGUGUGUGAGGAUGGGUGGCGGGGUGGAGGAGGCGGUGCGCAGUCGGGGGCCGAGCUACACGGUGGUGUGUGAGGACUACGUCCACGUGGUCGAGUUUAACCCUUUCGACUCCGGCUCGGCGGGAUCGCUGCUCGCCUACGGAGGAAACCUCUUCGUGGUGGUGGCACUCUGUCGCUUCCAGGAGGAGGAUCUGGAGGUGGAGGGUUUGGAAUUCAACACGUUGCGAGUGUUCCAUCACGGAGUUCGCAUCGACAGCCUGGCCUGGAGCCCAGAGAGCAGACUGGACAAAUUGCCACAAGUCAUCAGGUUUUGCACGGCGGCUGCUGACAAUAGGCUGCGACUGUUUACAUCCGACCUGAAGGACAACCAUGAAGUCAAGGAGAUGGAAGGCCAUGCGAGCUACAUAAACCACGUGGUGUUUGAACCAACUGAAGGACGACAAAUCGCAUCAGUCAGCGACGACCACACAUGCAGGGUAUGGGACCUGGAGGGUAACGAGGCCGCCUUAUUCAAACUUCGCUCACCUGGAAUGAGUGUCUGCUGGCACCCGGCCGAAGUACUCAAGCUCAUGGUGGCGGAGAAGCGCGGCACGGUGCGUUUUUACGACCUGCUUUCCCAGCAGGCAUUGCUCUCUCUGGACUGUGGCCACUCCCCCCUGAUGUCCGCCGACUGGAGCCUCGCCAACUCCAUCAAGGUCGGAGCCGUCGUGGGAACGGAAUGGCACAUCUGGGACGUCACACGAUCCAGUUACCCACAGAGGAAGAAGCCCUGUCACGUAGACCGCGCCCACCUUUUCAGGUGGUCGAGGGCCAAUGAGAAUCUGUUCUCCACUACGAGCUGCCCGGGGAAGAUUCACAGCACACUACAGGUGCAUCAUCUGGGGCACACACAGCCUGUGAUGAUUGGAUCUUCCACGGUUGGGGGCGGGCUCAGCUGGCACCGCAGCCUACCGCUUUGCGUGAUUGGCGGAGACAGGAAGCUGUCAUUCUGGAUGACCGAGAUGUGACCAAUCAGAAGCUGUCGUUCUGGAUGACCGAGAUGUGAUUGCAUAAGACAGGGUGAUGUCAUUCUGGAUGACUGAGAUGUGACCAAUCAGCUGUGGUCUGGUGACGCCGGACCCGCCUUCUGCACUGCUCUUAAAUGAAGACGACUAGUUGGAAUAGUUGCACUAGUUUAUUUUGAUACGCACAGCACUAGUUGAAAUAGUUUUUGAUACGCACAGCACUGCCUAAGUCUUACUUACUGUCUGUUCAUGAUCUGUGUUUGCUAUAGCAAUAAUAAAGCUUUAUUUUCAAUGCA